AUGAGAUUAGAGUUUUCGUCCUAAUUUAAAGAGCAUAUUAUCAGCUUCUAAAGAUGUGUGUCUGCUAGUAAAGAGAUCAGAGAGAGAGAGAGGGAGAGAGAUGGUCUCCCGCAGGGAGCAAGAGAAAGCCGCCAACUACAGGAAGCUACAGUUGCCUUUAAUAUCUUUUCAGAGAAAGAGACCAUCCGUCAUCUUCGACGAGUUCAAGUACGCGAAACAGCUGAAGGAAAAUAUGGAGAGAGUACAUGAUGAUGACGGCGACGUUGCCCAAGCACAAAACUCCGCUGCCCAGAAUCCAUUCCCUGUGGUCAACGUAGAACAGAAGGAAGAGAAAGAGAGGUUUCUAGUGACCGUGCUUUCUGAAGCCAAAUGCGCGGGUUUGCUCGUUUUCAUAUUAGAAGCCCUUGAAGAUGUGGGACUCGAUGUUCUCCACGCUAGGGUUUCUUGUUCAGAGAACUUCCAUCUAGAAGCAGCUGUUUCUGGAAACAUCGUAUUCUUUCAUAUUUGGGGGGCAACCUGACGGUCCAGAUUGCACUCUUUGGCGAAGGUACAUAUCUUUUUCUUUGCACCUUUUACAUCCAAAUAGACAUGUCCACUCAUCCACGCCUUGUACGAACAAUUGAGUCCAAUUUUUCCAAUUCACAUAUUGAAGACCCAUUAAUUCCAACAAUCCCCCACAUGAAUGGAAGAAGUCAACACAGAAUUAGGAAGAUGAAGAAGAGCACUGUCUGAAAAAUAGUACAUCGAGAUAGGUAGCUUUCACUUUGAACCUUCACUAGUGAAAGCCUAUCAUACUCACUUGGCUAAUCAAUAAACUUAGAGUCUUGAACUAUUAAUCGUUAUUGCAAUCCCAAACAAUAGACCUCACAUACUACCCUUUUUAUCAAGUCGUGGUUUCUCUAUUGUGUUCAUUAUUUCGACCCUGAACUCUCUUGGGUUUUGCAAGUGUUUUAAAGAAUUCGUCUAAAAAAAUUCUCAUAGAACCGGCCUAGUUCACUCACAUAGGUGAUGUCCUAUGAAAAGUAUCCUACCAUACUCCACUUGUACUUUUACAAACUAUAGGCAUAAUUAAAAGCAAAGCUUAUUCUUAACACAAGCACUUAUUUGCAUCAUAUAUAGUAAUGGGGAGGAGUUAUACUCAUAAGUGCUUCUCAUCGAGCCAUUCAU